GGCGGGCUGACCGAGCAGGUGUUCCGCGGUCACAUCACUGCACCCAUAGCGAGGUAAACAUUAACCAGCAGAGGCUGUUUGGGCGUCAAAGAAACUUUUUGCUGGAAAGAGGAACAUGGCGAUAGUCAGGUCCGUGCAGGCUGAAGGACGUAUGCUGUACAGGAGGUUUUCAGAGAGCAGCGACAAAGGCUGGUUCCGAUCCUUAUUUGUGCACAAAGUCGAUGCCAGGAAAGAUGCUCACUCCAACCUGCUUUCAAAGAAGGAGACCAGCAACUUGUAUAAGAUCCAGUUUCAUAACAUCAAACCUGAAUGCCUAGAAGCAUACAACAGUCUAGAGGCCGAAGUGCAGAAGAAGCUCCAUGAGGACCAGGACUACCCAUGUGAGGUGGUUGGAAGCUGGAAUACCUGGUAUGGAGAACAGGAUCAGGCUGUGCAUCUGUGGCGAUACAGAGGAGGCUACCCAGCUCUGACUGACUGUCUACAGAAGCUGAGAGCUAACAAGGAGUACUUAGAGUUUCGGAAUGAGAGGGCCAAAAUGUUGCUUUCAAGGCGAAAUGAGCUGCUUCUGGAGUUCAGUUUCUGGAAUGAACCACUACCCAGACAAGGACCAAACAUCUAUGAAAUGCGCACCUAUUACCUCAAGCCUGGAACCAUGAUUGAAUGGGGUAAUCGCUGGGCGAGGGCAGUCAAGCACAGACAAGAAAACAGUGAGGCAGUGGGCGGGUUCUUCACGCAGAUUGGUCAACUGUACGUUGUUCAUCACCUGUGGGCUUAUGAAAGCCUCCAGUCCAGAGAGGAGACAAGAAACGCUGCCUGGCGAAAAGAAGGAUGGGAUGUAAAUGUGUAUUAUACAGUGCCUUUGGUGCGAAGUAUGGAAUCAAGAAUUAUGAUUCCAACCAAGAGUUCACCAUUACAAUGAGAAGAUGAUGAUUCAGUGGCUAAAAUCUGAUGCUCUUUGGUCUAACUGUACUUAGCACCUGUAUGAUCUGUGUUACUUCAGGUAUUAGUACAAAACUUCUGAUUCUGUGUUUGCGCUGCUGCCAAAGUCGGAAGGAAAGUGCAGUGUGUUUGUGUGUAUGUUCAUUAUGCAGAGCCUGGAAAAACUCAGAUUUAUGAGAGUUUAGUUCAAAUAUGUCAGGAGAAAAACAUGUGUGUGUGGUACUGUACUAUUGAGGAAUAUUUACAUUAUGAUUUAGUGGAGUGAAAGGAGGUAUGUUUGCUCUGUUUGUUUUCUUAAUUAAUGUGAUGUAAUGUUUGGGUUUUUUUGGGGGGAGCUCCACCUAGAUCUUUAUGAAUCUACUUUUGAAUGUACGUUGAUGACUUAGUGAAUGAGCUCAUGCUAAGCUUUUCAACAAUGACUGUAAAACAACUGUUUGAUUAAGAAAAUAAAAGCCUACCUCACUGAUUUAUCAAAGGAUCUUCCAGUUCAACCUUGUGCGCCCAGUUUUGCCAUUAAACACGUAUGCUGUACAAUCAUUCCCCCCUGGGAAAGGAACAGUUCAAAGAAAUCAUUAAAAGCCCAAAUUACCAAUGCCAUUCAUGCCCAUGAUGACGUAAAACCCACACUAGUCUAAACCAGGAGUUCUUUUUCCCAAUCUGGGGUGAGGGAAUACUAGGUG